UGUGCAUCGGGCUGGGAGGUGGACCACCACUUCGGUUCAUCGGACCACCCGGUCCGCCACGGUUACCCGGGUUCGGUGGCUGCUGGGACUGUUGCUAAAUGACAUCAAAAAAUAUCACCGUUCGAAAUAUGCUACCAAUAGCGUGUUGCUACUAACCUGCUGGGAAUAAGCGACCGACAUGUUUGUUUUUUUUCCCUAGUUUGAAGCUUUGUGCUGUAUCUGGCUCAGCCUCAAACGCGUCCUUUUUGUAACCGGAUUUUGGGGACUUUUACCUGAAAUCGAAGCAUAAAUUUAUUAGUAAACUAUCUAUCUAUUGAAGCACUACGCGUUAAGCAACUUUUGAAAGCAAAUUAAAUGAGAUUUGUAUGAGAAAAUUGGGAAAUAAACUUACAACUUUCUAGCGCACAACUACAGUUUAGUAGGCAGCCAUGCAAAAGAGAAUCGUGAACGUUCUCCUUCUAGUAAAUGUCACGGAGAACUUGAGAACGAACCUCACUGGGCGAAAUGGUUGAAAUAUUUCAGUUUGAAGCCAGUCUAGUAGAAAUAAAUCUCGUUGAUAGCCUCUUGCUGGUGCUGCUGUCAUUUAGCAUAACAGCGUGUUCUAUUGACGAAACAAAAUAUUAAAAUUUGGUUUGUUCUAUUUUUUUAUAAUUAAUUUCCUCUUCUCAUUUAUGAGCUGUACACUUCUAUCAGCAAAAUGAAGGUGAAAGUGAUUAGCCGCAAUCCAGACAACUAUUUGCGUGAAACCAAAAAGGAUAUUCACAGGGUGUUUCGUAAUUACGACUCCGCUUUGCACCCUUUCGAGGAAGCUCGCGAAUACGUCCGGGCUCUGAACGCGACCAAGUUGGAGCGGGUUUUCGCAAAACCGUUUUUUGGAAAUUUAGACGGUCACAGGGAUGGUGUAUCGGUGCUGGCCAAACAUCCAAAAUCACUGUCCCUACUGCUAAGUGGAUCGUACGACGGAGAAGUCAAACUUUGGGACAUACCGAACAAAAACUGUCUACAAAGCAUCUUGUGUCAUGAUGGGUACGUUAGAGGAAUUGCGUUUUCUACCGAUGGUUCUAGGUUUUUUACAAUCGGUGAUGAUAAAGCUAUAAAAACGUGGAACGCGAACGUCGAUGAGGAAAGCGAGGACCGACCGAUACCUCUUAACACAAUCCUAGGGAAAACGGUAAUUACUUCCAUUUCGCACAACUAUGAAGAGCCCAUGUUUGCGACUUGUGGUGAAACAUGCCACAUUUGGAAUGAGACGCGUAAUACACCUGUAAAAGCGCUCCAGUGGGGAGUGGAUACAUUGUACGAUAUCAAGUACAAUCCGGUGGAAACCUCGCUGCUGGCUGCUUGCUGUAGCGACCGUGGCAUAAUUUUUUAUGACCAGCGAGAAAUUAAACCUCUGCGUAAAAUCGUCAUGACACUGCGACCCAAUCAGCUAGCCUGGAAUCCCAUGCAAGCAUAUUACUUCACAGUGGCCAGUGAAGAUUACAACCUCUACACGUUCGACACUCGACGUCUUAGAAAUCCAUUAAAAAUUCACGGCGGACAUGUUUCAGCAGUGACAUGUGUCGAUUAUGCUCCUACGGGACGCGAAUUCGUGGCCGGUAGCUAUGAUAAAACUAUACGCAUUUUUGACGCUCAUAAGGCGAACAGUCGUGAUGUUUAUCACACCAAGCGAAUGCAGCACGUGACCAGCGUAGGCUGGUCGUUGGACAACAAAUAUGUAUAUUCCGGAUCAGACGAAAUGAACGUGCGAAUCUGGAAAGCACGAGCCGCAGAAAAGCUCGGUGCUCUACAGCCGCGCGAACGACAAGCCUUCAAGUACAACGAAGCCCUGAAGGAGAAGUUUGCUGCUCAUCCACAAAUUCGUCGAAUCGCUCAGCAUCGCCAGGUCCCGAAGGUGGUAUACAAGGAACGGCAGAAGUUAGCGACCGUUAAGCAAAAGAUGAAACGCAAGGAGGAGAAUGUCCGCAAGAAUUCCAAACCAGGCAAAGUUCCGUAUGUGCCUGAAGCUAAGAAAAAGGUUUUACGCGAGGAGCAUUGAAUGAUUUUGUUAUAACUCAAAGCAAAGAAAAAUAAAUUAACUGUUUUGUAAGAA